AUGUCGCGAGCUCUGGUGCUGACAGCGCUCUUGCGCUCGACGGCCGCUCUGCUCGUCACCCAAGGAUCGCAAUGCGCGCCGAAAUGCGGCAAUGUGCCCACGACGACGGACGACCAAAUUGUGUGCGACGAGUCCGCAUAUGGGACCUCGAAUGGCGCAGUGUUCGAGUCGUGCGUGAACUGCGAGUCGACGAGCUCGUACGUGACGACGAUCGGGACCCAGGAGGUCUCCGACCUACAGGCAAUGCUUUACAACAUGCGAUAUACCACAAACAAGUGCCUGUUCCAAAAGCAGGGCGUGUGUGCCACAAGCUUUGCCUGUGAAAACAUCAUGGAGGCCAUCCAAUACGGAAACCUCAGCUCCAGCGUCUCUGCCUACGGCUACUGCAGCCAGUGGACCGAUUUUCGUCUGGACAAAUGCAGCGGGUGCUUGCUUGCGGCCGGUGAACACUAUCUAAACAACUUCGUCUCGAUCCUCUCCGGCGCGUGCAGACUUCUGCUCCAACCACCGGCGACAAUUCCCCUGGACGGCGCCAUAUUCUCGACCACCCUCGUCAACGUGACCGACCCGUCCGCCACGGCGACAUACACCCCCUCAGCCACUGACCCACUGGGCUACGGCGGGAUCGCCGGUGUCGUCAUCGGGGGCAUCGUCUUCUUACUGAUGCUCAUCGGCUGCGGCGUCGUGGUCAACGGCAAACGCCGCCGGAAGGCGUACCUGCGCCGCCGCGAGGAGCACGUCAAGAACUGGCCCAACCCCAACGGUGGCGGCGGGCCCAACGGCGAGAUGUUCGAGACGCCCACGAGCCAGCGGCCUCUGCGCGGGUGGGAGGACUCGCCCAUCAGCGCCGCGACGCAGACCACGUUCCCGCCCUACUUCUCGCCCUACGCCUCGCAGUACAACAGCCCCGUCAGCGCGGUCGAAGGCGCCGGACCCAGCCAGUCGGCGUGGCCCAGUGUCGAGAAGGCGCGGAAUGUCGGCGUGGCGCUCAGUCCGGACCGCGACGCCUCUUUUACGCACUGGGGCGACGGCAAGGGCAAGGAGAGGGCGGAUACUGACCAGGGGAUGAUGCAUACAGAGAGCGACGAGUAUGAGCUGCAGGAGGGCGUGAACAGCGCUGGCGGGUAUGCGUUCCCGUUACCGCCGCCUCCGCCGCUGCCGGCUCAGGCGCCGACGCUCAGCCAUCCUGGGUUACCUGGGAGGCAUGGGCCUGCACUGCAGCCGCAGAGGAAUCAGUCGUGGUCUGGCCAUCAUGAUGGCGGGAAUGAAGGCAUGUAG